UUCCUAGUGCGUUUAAUAUUAAAAUUUAAAAAAUAAUGGCAAAUCAAUACAAGAAAAUUUUUGUAACAGUAGGAACAACACGUUUCGAUUUACUAUGCGAAACUAUCACGACUUCGCCAGUGCUUAGGGCUUUGAAGAAGAUUGGAUGUGAAGAGAUAAAUUUUCAAAUUGGAAAUAGUAACUUCGAACCGGGUGAUUAUGUGAAAGAGGGAGUGAAAAUUCAUUCUUUCAGGUUUAAGGAUUCUAUACAGGACGAUAUUAAAAAUGCGGACUUGGUAAUCAGUCACGCCGGAGCGGGCAGUUGCUUAGAAACUUUAGAAGCCAACAAACCUUUAUUAGUUGUUGUGAACGAAGACCUAAUGGACAAUCACCAAUUAGAACUGGCUGAACAACUGCAAAUCGACAAUCAUUUGUACUACUGCACGUGUGACACGCUAGAGAACACUUUAGAUAUUGUUGAUUUUAGCAUAUUAACACCAUUCCCAAAACCUGAUACUACUCUAUUUGUGAAGUUUUUGGAUGACGUUUUUAGGGUUAAGCAAAAUAUAAAUUAAAAUAUUUAAUUUUGUGAAUUUGUAUUCUUUUUAGGAUUGAAUGUAAAUAAACAAUUUUUAACUGAC